AUGUUGAAUCUCAUUGCUUUUGUUGUCACUUUUAUUUAUCAUUUACCAUACUGGAUGGAUUUUUUUUCAGUAACAGAAUUACAAUCAACUUUUAAAAAACCUUUAUCAGAUAUUUCAAAAUCUUAUAAGUUAAUUAAAUUAAAUAAUGGUUUAAAAACUUUUUUAAUAUCUGAUCCAAACUGUUCAUCUACCUCAUCAUCAAUAUGUUGUGGAUCUGGUUCAUUUCAAGAUCCAAAGGAUUUACCAGGAAUGGCUCAUUUUGUUGAACAUAUGUUAUUCAUGGGAACUUCAGAGUUUCCAUCGCCAAAUGAAUUUUUAUCAACUUUGAUAUCAAUGGGAGGUCAAUCAAAUGCAUUUACAAUGGGUGAUCAUACAUGUUUUUAUUUUGAUGUGCCAUUAAAUGAAACAACUAUAUGUCAAGAAUUUGGAUUAAAUUAUUUAAUUAAAGUUUUUAGUUCAUUUUUUAAAUCACCUUUAUUUAAUGAAAAUUAUAUGAAUUUGGAGAUAAAUAGUGUUGAUGAUGAACACCAGGGGAAUAUAGUUAAUGAUGAUAAGAUAUUGUAUCACGGGUUGAGAAUAUUAGCUAAUGAAAAUCAUCCAUUCCAUAAUUUUGCAACUGGUACUAAAAAGACACUAAAUUCCAAAAAAUGUAGAUCAGAAAUGAUUGAUUAUUUUGAAAAAAAUUUUGUUUCUGAAAAUAUGGUUCUAGUUUUGAAAAGCUCAUUAUCAUUAAAUCAAUUACAAAAAAUGGCAAUUGCAAAUUUUGGAAGUAUUGCAAAAACUAGAAAAUUGAAAAGAGGUUCAUCUAUAAGGAUGCAUAGAAGAAAUAGAUCUAGUCUGAGAUUAUCUAAUUCAAGUAUGAAUUCAAAUGAUUUUAGGUUUGAAAUAUAUCCCAGGGAGUAUACACUGAAAAUACUAUAUAUAUCACAAGAAGAAACCAAGAAGAUAAGACUAUUUUUACCAAUUUUUAAUUAUAAUGAUUCAUUCUUUGAAAAUGUUUGGUGUACUUUAUUAGGUGAUGAAUCAAAAGAUUCACUUUGCUAUUAUCUAAAAAGUUUAAAAAUGAUUGAUUAUAUGUAUGUGUUUGUACAAUCGCUAUCUAAGGAUAAUAAGGUUUUGGUGAUUGAUUUUGAUUACAAAAGUUCUUUUGAUGUAUAUUUGGUCAUCCAGUUAAUAUGGGCAUUUAUAAAUCAAGUACUCAAGUUGAAAAAAGAGAAUAUUAAUAUAAUAUUAAAAGAGUGUUCAAGAAUAUUCAAAUACCAAGCUUAUUACACUUCUGAUGAUUCUUCUAAUGCAAUGGAUGAGGUUUCAAAUUAUGCUCAUUUUAUUCAUCAAAAUCCAGAUUAUGACUACCAGAACUUAAUUAUUGGAGAAUCUUUUAAAUAUGAUGGUGACGUUGAUCAAUUUUUAAACAAAUCAAGAGAGAUAAUGAAUCUAAAAAAUUUGAAUGUGAUAAUCUUGGCUGACAAACCUCCAAAAAAUUUAAAUGUACUGGUCAAUGAUAUGUUGAAAGAUCCAUAUUAUAAUUUUAAGUAUCAAGUUUAUGACUUGCAAUACUCACCAAUAGAUUACAAAACUCCAAAUUUUUACAUUUUUCAAAAAAAUAAAUUCAUACAGCUGAAACACGAAGAAUUAGAUUUGAAGAUAAAUGAAUCGAUAAAUUUUAAAAAGCUUUAUGCAGAUGAAAAAGAUGAUCCUACUCCAAAACUAAUAGAUUUUUCAAAAUAUCAUGAAAUAUGGCAUUCAAGUUCAAAUUCAUUAAAUAUAAUACUAUCUUUUCAAAUAUGUUUUGCAAAUUUUUUAAACUCUACUGAAAAUUUAAUAUCUUUUGAGAUUAUUGUUGAAUAUAUUGGGUCUAUACUACAAAUUGAAUUUUAUCAAGGUGAAUUUGCUUUAUUUUCUUGGGCCAUAUUUGCAAAUUUCAUAACUACUCCUUCAUUAUCGUUUGAAAUUAAGGGACCAAAAGCUGGAAUAUAUGAAUUUAUCAAAAUUUUUAUUAAUAGAGUUUUAGAGUUGUUGGUUGAUUUCAAAAUUGAUUAUAAGGAUCUAGCGAGAGUAAAGUCAUCAAUUAGAAAUACUUACAAAGAUUUGGAAAAUGGUGAAACAAAUAAAAAAGUUAUAGCUGGAUCAACUUUAAUAUUGGAGUAUGAUUUGAAAAAUAUACAAGAAAGAUUGGAGACACUAGAGUUUAUUGAUAAAUUAUAUUUAAAAUCUACUUGUGAAAAAAUAAUGAGUGAAUGUAAACAUACAGAUAUAUUGGUAACUGGUGGUGAUAAAAAUUUAGUAUUUUCAAUAUGUAAAAUUUUAAAUAAUUUAACAUCACAUGAAAGAAUAUAUUUACAUCAGAGUUAUUUUGAAUUUGGAUCAAGUUUAAAUUUAAAACCCGGUAGAAAUUAUGAUGUUACACAGAUUAACUAUAAUUUAAAAGAUCAAAAUGAUGUCGUUUAUCAUUAUAUUCAAUUAUGUGGUAGAAAUGAUGAUAAUAAAAAAUAUGUUGAAUUUAUGGUUUAUUUGUUAAAUCAAAUUGUAAGAUAUCAAUUAAGAACUAAGAAACAAUUGGGAUAUUUAGUAUUGAGUGGGUUGAGAAUUAAUAAAAGUACAAUUGGAUUAUAUAUACUUGUUAAUUCAUCUUCAUAUAAUUAUUCACAAAUAAUGAACGAAAUUGAUAAAGUAAUUUUUGAAUGGGAAUUAAGAUUGUUAGAUAUGACACAUGAAGAAUUUGAAGAACAAAUGGAAUUGUUUUCAAAAAAUGAUGAUUUUUUAGAUGAUGAAGCUAUUCCAUCAAACAUUUCGGUGGGUACAAAACCUGAUAAAAGCAGUGAUAAUAGAUGUGAGGACUCAAUUCAUCAAACAUAUCUAGAGAGUAUAUUAACUAAAAAUUAUGAUUUUAAAAGGAAGAACCAAAACCACAAGAAAAAUCCAAGAUUUGAAUAUGAAGAUAUGAUGCAAUUUUUUAAAAAAACAAUAUCAAUAAAAUCAAAAUCAAGAUCAAGUUUAUCAAUAUUUGUUUCAUCACAAAUUGGUAAAGAUAAGAAAAAACAUGAAGAUAAUAAAGAAAUCUUGGAAAAUUUAUUAAAUAAUAAAAAUUAUUAUUUAAGUUCAUUACAAGUAAAAACAUUAUUAUAUGAAUCAAAUAAUGAUAUAAGCUUAGUUAUAAAGAAAUUGAGAAAUUCAGGUUAUAAUAUAUCUAUAAAAAAUUCAAAUAAGAUUUCUAGAGUAUUAAUGAAUUUAUCAAGAAUGCAACAACCAAAUGAUUCAAAAGAAAUUGAAAAAUUACAAUCAAGUAUUAUUGACAAAUAUGGUAAAUUGUAUAAAAAUAAUAAAUUAGCAAUACCUCAUUAUCAAAUUAAUGAUAUAUCGGAAAUUCAUGAUGAAUCAAUUGUUAAAUUAUCAAAUGAUUAUAUCAAUAAAUUGACUGAAUUAUAUGAAGAAGAAGUGGAAGAUGACGAAUAUUAUGAUGAUUAUGAAUAUUUGUAA